AUGUUAACGCAAGAAUCAAAACUAUCGUUAAUAAAUAGUAUAUUAACCCAGGAAGCUCGAAAAGCAAUAGCUGCUCUCGAUUUGGACCUUCCUUCAAGAAAGCCUUUGUUAUUUGAUUAUGCUGCUUUAUUACAACAAUUAGAUUAUUCUAAAAUUUUGAAAGCUUCUAAACACUUUUGGUGGAAUCAAAGGCAUAAUAAUGAUCUUGAUAAUGGUGAAUUCUUGGACAUAACAAAUCUUUCCUAUGAUACUCAAAAUAAUGAUGAUGGCUAUGAAUAUUACACUUUUGGCGAUUUUCCUGGUGCUGCUGCUUCUUAUGCCAGAUUAUUCAAUUCUUCAAAACAUAUAAUAAAAACAAACAUUUCAACUCUCGCUCAUCAGCUUUGGAAUCUUUUAAUGACUCGUUCAAGAAUAACUUGCUUGAAAAUUGAUACUUUGAAAUUGUAUACUCCUAGAGCUAGAUAUUCUCGUGACAUCGUUUCAUUACCAACUUUUACUCUUGCUGAUACUUAUCUUUCUUCUAUCCGUGAGUUUACUAUCGGUGGUGACUUUGUAAAAGAUAACAUUCUUGAUAUCAUGUCUCAACUAUGCAAAGAUGUUGAAGAAAUCAAUAUUUUUUCUUGUUCAACUAUAUUAGAAGAUAUAGAUUGGGCUCCACUAAUUCGUGCGCAAAGAAACCUGAAAUCUCUUAAACUUCGUUCAAUUCGUUAUGACCUCACUUCCUUAUUUGCUUCCUUAUCCACUCAAACUAGUUCCUUGCGUCAUGUGAAAUUUGACG